CUGGUUUUUAUCUAAUAAUAUUAGACUCUGUGCUUAUUAUAUCUGUCUGACAAAAGUUUUCCUAUUUCAUGCUGCAACCCCUGUGUUAGGAAAACAAAUGUAGUGUGUAUGGAUGAGCCUACAUAAGAAAAGGCCAGAGAAAUUGUCUCCCUGCACAACAGACUGGGCAGUCUGAGGCAUGGUUUCUUCAGGAGACCUGCAUAGCAAAUAAGGAGGAGUAGGCUUAACUUUUUAGAGCUCUCUUCUCCUCCAUCUGAAAUACAGACGCAGCAUACUUAUUGAUUCCGUACUACAGGAGAGGUUGUUUGUAUGUAGAAAAAGGGCAUGGAGUACCUUACAGGAUGAUAAUGUUAAUUAAACCUCCCAAGUAAAAAAACAAAACAAAAACAUAGUGUUGAAUGGUUGGGCAUGAUAACAUAUGGGUCAUACAAUGCACUGAAUCCUGCUUUGAUUGAUACUAACGUCCCAAAAAUAUGAAAAAAGGCACAUGAAUUAAAUUUCUGACCCACUGUACAGUAAAUUCUCAAUAUUCAGAGGACAUAAUAUAUACGCUUACAACAAUAUAAUAUAUAUUUAAAACAGGAGAUACAUAACAUUACCAAUUGUUAAGAAUAAACUAAAAUACUAAAUGAAAUAAAAGGGUUUAAUAACUGUUUUGAACAGGAUAUUGAAAAUAAAUAGAUUUUCAGGCCCCAAUAAGCAAAUCACCAAAGCCUUUUCUCUUAACCCCAUGUCAAUUAUUGGUGAAUAAGACAAGUUUUGUUUUGUUUGGGGGUUUUUUUGUGCAGAGAGGAAUGGACAGUUCAUUCUCCUUCCACACACUCACAUGUAACCACAGAAUCAGAUGAUGUGUGGGAAUGAUGUAACCUUCAAACACAGGUUUGUUGUUGAAAUGAGGAGCAGCUCAGCUGUUUGUCUCCAGGCUUUAUUGUCUCCACCGCAGACAGAGGGACAGGGAAAACAAAGAGACACAUACUGAAGAUAUGAAGAGAGAGAGACAGACAGACAGACAGACAGGAGCAAACAGAUAGACUUGCAGUACAUUGAGAUACCGACAUGGACAGGGAGACAAACUCAGGCUUCUAUCAGCCAUGGGCCAAGAGGUCCCAUUGAUUAUCAGGCUAACACGUGCAUACACACGUGGAACAUCUCGGUUUCCAAGUCAAACUGUUAGGUUUUAAGAAUUGCAUUACACAACAACUCUGAGUGAACUAUCACGACCUGCUCUUCAUUUAAAAAAUUCUAAAAAGCCAUUUGGCAUGUUGGUUGGGGAGAAACUCUUUACAGUGUCAUGUCCUUCAGUUUUUUUAAAGAAGCCAGGUUCAAGGCCAAUUUACAGAUCGUAAAGUGAACAAAUUGAAAACUGGUGGUGUAGCCUAUCAUUUUAAAGCUUCUCUAAUCAAUAUUUUUAUAUUAACAAUGGGCCAGAUGACUGUGUGUAAUGUGAAAAGGGUCACUUGUAGUAAUUACUUGUAGUGUAAUGAACCUACAGUACUGGGAAUAAUCACUCUGAAGUGCUACUCAGCUCUACGGAGCUUUAUAUUGUAUUUGUAUUUGUAUUAGCUCAAUGUUUUCAUUUUACAGCCCGCGACUUCCCUGUUUUGGUUCACUCUUACUGCUCUCAUCAAUAUCGUUUUCUGUCAUUUAUAAUCGCCAUAAACACAACUCCAAAUGACUGAUAAUGUUGCUCUGUGUCUGCUGAUUGUGUAAAUAAGUAGCUGUUUGCUAACAUGUUCGCCACAAUUACAUUACAAGGUGAUAAUAUCGAAGUGUUGUGUUUACAGCUUGUUGCACUGCCCCCGAGUGGCCAGGAAACACACACUGUUGAUGUUUGGUAAUGGUGGCUCCCCCUGGCUGUGACGUCACUUAGGUGUACAUAUGUUUCACCGCUUGAGCAAUUCAAAUAAAUUAAUCUGGUAAAGGAGUGGAAGAGGAAAAAGAAGCACGAUAUAAACACAUGAAGUUCACAUGUCCUAGUGACACACACAUCCACCAGAACACGCUCUCAAACCCAUCUACACAGACUUGACACUGCAGCUACAAACAGGUGCUGGUGGUGCUGUAGAAAUUAUCCUCAUUGACAGCCAGUCACGCCUCUUUAAAUCUAAUGAGUUAGCUACAGUAUGUGGCUGUAUGAUGAACAAAUGUCUUUCUCUCUCUCCUCCUGAUCUUGCCUUCUGUCCCUCUACUCUCUGAAAACAAGGGGCUUUUUGUGCAAAAAGGAAAUCAUAGGACUCACAUGCUUUGGAGGAGAGAAAGUGAGUGACCACAGCAAAGGAUAGGGUUGUUCAGAGGAAAGGAACAAGGCAGAAGAGCGGACCGAAGUCAUCGUGAGCUGGAUAAGGACUUCAGAAACGGACAGUUGUAAACUAGAUUGGACAAGACGGGACAGGAUACCUAAACAUGGAGAAUGACAAAACACAAACAGAAGACAAGACGGAAGGCGUGUCAGAAGAUAAAGAAGAAAAUGUGGAGGAGGGUAACCUAGAGAUUGCUCAGCCUUCCCUCCAUCUGUCAGGAGCAGCAGAGCUGCAGGGCCUGGUGGCUGAGCUGCGCGAGGGGCUCCAUGCUGCCCUGACAGAGCUGCUUGAGCUGCGACAGAGGGACCACGGCCUGGAGGAGAAGCUCCAGGCCCAUCAGACUGAUGUGGAUGAUAAGAUAAUGAGCCUCAAGAACUCCCUCAACACUUUCAAGGAGGAGCUGAAUGUGGCGUUGUUCCACAUAAAGGAUGUGUCCAGCAGACAGAGAGAAGUGCAGAAGAGGAUGGAACUGUUACAGUCAGAAAACACCAAAGAUAUCAUCUCUGUUUCACAUAGCACCGAGAGCUCCAAGGCAGAUGUGCUAACGGCAUCAGGGGAUGAACACAUCUGUGUGCCCAGCCAGUCAGACCUCAGUGUUAUUCAACACUUCUUUUCCAGUCUGCCACAUAGCAGGUCACCACAAAGGAGCACUACAUCGACACAGACCUCUACCUCUGAGCCGGAGGUUCAGCAGCAGCAAAGAGGUUGUCCAUCCAAAUCUCCAGCAUGGGGAGAGAGGAAGAACAGCAGAGACGACACAGAGACACCCAACAGCCCGACUGAAAACAGUAAAAGACAGAGAGUGGCUCUGGAGCUGCUGGAGUCAGAGAGAGUUUAUGUGUCCCACUUGUCUCUGUUACUGAAGGCCAACAUCUCCUUUAAUGGAUCAGAAGCUCUCACUCCCAAAGACAAACGUCUGUUUCCCAGCUCUCUGAGGUUUCUGAUCCAGCAGCACCUUGAGCUCCUCCAUACUCUCCAGGAACGUGUGCUCAAGAGCCAGUGGCAAGGCAUCAUGGGGGAUGUGUUUAUGAGGCUCACCAGCAAAGAGAGUGAUUUCUUGGACUUUUAUGUGUCCUACCUGAAGGAGCUUCCAGACUGUCUGUCAGUUGUCACCACGCUUGCCUCCAGCUCCGUGAAACCUUCUGCCUUCCUGGAGAGUGACAUAACAGGUGACGAAUCCAAACCCUCCCUCCACACUCUGCUUCUUCAGCCGGUUCAGAGGAUCCCUGAGUACCUGCAGCUGCUACUGGGGCUGCUGAGGCAGACAGACGCAGAGCACCCAGACUACUACCUGCUGCUGGUGUGCAUCCAGCAGUUCAGGUCCUUCACGGCUCAGUACCACCACCUCCUCCAGCACAACCAGGAGCUUCUGCUGCACAACCGCAAGGAGGUGAAGAGGUCUACCAUGAAACAGCUGUUAAAGACAGUGGAAAGUGGGAUUCAAGCUAACAAUAUUGGCUCACCAUACCCUUGCAGCAGUGCCAUGCUAGAACAUGCUAACCAGGCGAAGGGGAGCAAGCAGCGUCUCCUGGAGCAGAUCCAGUCUCAUCGUUUCCAGGAUUGGGAUCGGGACCAGGAUACCGAAACUCAUUGUUACGACACAGAGUGGCCCUCCCAGCUCCAGUUCUUCAGCCCCGACCUGGACUCACGGAACCAGAAAUCAAUAGGUCUUGGCAGUAUCCCAGAGAGAGAUGCAUCUGAGCGGUCCAUGUCAUUCCAGCAUCAUCUGCCCUCCAGACCUGCAGACUUCCGUCAUGUUCAACCGGGCUCCGCUCUAGCCGAUGCCCUCGGAGAGUUCCUUCUACCUCCAGACCCCCCAGGGAUGGAGAGCCUCUAUGAAGAGGACAGAGGCUCCUUUCAUGAUGUCUCCAUGUUCGACCACUGCUCCUCUGCCUCUUCAGAUUCCUCCAUCGACAUUGCCUUCGUGAAGUGCCCAAAAGCCCCCUCAGCGUCACAUCACGCAACAGCAGUGAAUGUGUCGACAUCCCAUGACAUCUUUGGCAAUGGUGGAAGCAAGGGGAAUGGCUACAGCAAACUGCCCAACCGAGGGUGCGUGUCUCCGGAUGAAGCUGUAAUGAUGCGCCGCAAUCAGCAUCGCGCCCUUCAGGCCAGCCAACGUAAGAGCAAGUCACUUAACGGCCUGCAGAUGGACAACACAGUGAGUGGUCUGGAUGGUGGUCCUCUAUCAGACCACCUCCAUAGGGUGGGACUGGGCAGCCAUGCCAAGCUGGAGCGCCAGGGCAGUAAGGGCAGCAAAGGGUGUCCCACCCCGUCCCGUAAGGUCCACAGCCCCCUGGGGAACAGAGUGGAUACCGACAAACAGAGUGAUGAUCAUGUGCUGCUCAGCAUUGACUCUGGGUUCCAAUCAUGGGGGGACGAGUCAAAGUGGAGGGGCGGGGCAGAGGAGAAUAACCACACCCCCUUCAGCGAGAGGAGUCGGAAGCAGGACAAAGGAGGCUUCCGGAGCUCGUUCAAGAAACUCUUCAAGAAGAAGAGCGGUGAUGAGAAGAAAGAGAAGGGAGGUGAGAAAGCACCAGAAAUCCCAAACAACGGUGAACAUGAGACACCGGGGAAAAAUCCCAAACUGGUACAUCUGGAGAUAAACCGUGGCACAGCUGUAUAAACACCACUGUAUCACACACACAGACACUUUCACAGAGUGAUCAAAUAUAAAGUGUAAUACAUGCAUGUUUAAGCAUACAUACAAACUGAAGAAGUGCAACAUGAGGUAGUUUUUUUAUAUUUACAACUGCUAUAUAAAUGCUGUACAGGUAUAAACCAUUUAGCUAAGCAACAUGUCCUCUGAUCAUUUCGAAGUGUAAAUGUGAUUUGCAUUUGAAAUCCUGCCCCUGGCCCUCCUGAGGGAAAGCACUUGACAUGGCUGUACUGUGGACGCCAUUUAAAAAAUGAAUUUUUGCUCAUGUUCUGUUAUUUUGUCAAUCUUUGUAAUAGUAAGAGUACAGUAUCACUUGCCCACACGAAAAUAACACAGGAGGUUAAGGUAGCAAUGUGGCUUAGAUUAUAUUUGUAAUUUCGAUUAAAUGUGACUGCAGUUAAGGACCAAAUUAAACUUUUUGUCAAUGAAGUUGGGUUACAAACUUGACCACUAGAGGGCAUAGUUUGACACUAUCUAUCCCCAUACUGUAAAUAGCUCUGCUCUAACUUCACUUUCUAAAAAUAUUUCAACUCCUUUCUUUUCUUUUUUUCCUCAAGGUGUUUCGUUUGCACCCCAACUUUCAAAUCUGUGCAAACCUAAUAUAGAGCCUCUUUUUAAUUGUUUAAAGUUCGAUAUUGACAGAUGGUCCCCUCUUUGUCUUCCAUUAUCGGAAACAGCAAAUUUUCUGAACAGGAGUACAGGUCCUAAAUUGAACUAUUUCACAAACAGUUUCUGACACUCGUUUUUAUGGGUUUCACUCUGGUCCAACUUUCUGUCAGCCUGCUUAAUGUCUUAAGCCUCAACCAGAAAUUAUAUUGUGCAUUUACUCAGGAGAACAAACAUUAAACUGUUUUCAUUUGUGUAUGUUUAUUUGUGUUUGAGCAUUUAGUUUAACGGUAAAACAGUAAAUAUUUUUCUUUGUGACAAUUAUCUCUAUACUUUGAAUAGAAUUGUUUUGUUUAGAGAUGAAUGUGACAAUCAAGAGAAAUUAAAAAUGUUCAAUAAAGAUUCACACUGAAAAUCCA